CCAACACUUCAUGCUUCAAGAUCUUUAGAUAUUGGCCUACACCAAUAUGUUAAAACUACAGUGGAGUGUGCAGUUUAUAAUUUCCUGACAUUGGCUUAUCUGCAUGGGCCCACUACCCUUUACCUUACCAAACACAUGCUUCAGAUCAAUGUUCCUACAGGGCUAGGUUACAUAAAAGCACAUAGGAAGUGUAAUAUUUGGCCAAAGUUCAACCUUUAAAACCUAUGUCGGCCUUUACUUUGAAACUUCCCUUCAGGACAUUGCCAAGGACCAAGACAAUGCUCGGCUUGUGCCGCCUCCAGAACUUAGUCUUUGUUGCUUUCCUGUGGAGUCUUCCACCACUUUCCCUGGCUGGUAACAUCCUGGUGUAUCCUGUAGAUGGAAGCCACUGGCUUAACAUGGACAUACUGCUCAGAGAACUUCACAAUAAAGGUCAUAAACUAACAGUGAUGCGUUCCUCCAAUAGCUGGUACAUUAAGGAGAACGCAACACACUACACGUCCAUCACCGUUCCUGUUUCACACAUCAGCAGCCUGGAGGAUCCAGAGUACAUGACAUCUUUUCUGAGGAGAAACAUCGAAAUUCAAAGAAACCAAGGGUCCAUUUGGUCAUUUAUACAUCUGCAGAAACAAUUGCUUAUUAUUUUAGAAGAGUGUUACAGAUCCUCUGCUGAGAUGGUGAGGACCAUCCUGGAAAAUAAAAAGCUGGUGAAAAAGCUGAAAACAUCCAAGUAUGAUUUAAUGCUGACUGACCCAGGCAUUACAGGAGGAGUAGUUUUGGGUGCAUACCUGGGCCUACCUAUGGUCUUAAAUGUCCGGUGGAAUAUAAAUGCGGAGGGCCACUUCGCCAUCGCACCCUCGCCUCUUUCCUACGUCCCGAUUAUCGGAUCUGGUGUAACAGACAAAAUGACCUUUGUGAACAAAAUGAAAAAUGUCCUACAUUAUGGAAUUGGCCAGUAUAUAGAUCACGUCAUCACAAGGCCUCUCUUUCAAGGAGUUAUCAGUAAAUACAUAGACCCGGGAUCCAACGUGUACUCUCUAACCCAAGGAGCCGAUCUGUGGCUCAUAAGAGGCGAAUUUGUAUUCGAGUUCCCUCGUCCUACAAUGCCCAAUGUGGUCUACAUCGGAGGCUUCCAGUGUAAACCCUCCAAGCCUCUCCCUGCUGAAUUAGAGAUAUUUGUUGAAAAUUCUGGAGAACAUGGGGUGGUGAUCAUGUCUUUGGGUACUUUGCUUGGAAGUCUGGUACCAGACAUAUCAGAAGUUGUUGCGUCUGCCUUCGCUCGCUUGCCACAAAAGGUGAUCUGGAGGCAUGUAGGAGAAAAGCCAUCUACUUUAGGAAACAAUACGCUGGUAGUGGACUGGUUGCCUCAGAAUGACCUCCUAGGUCAUCCUAAAACGAAAGCUUUCGUAACACACGGAGGAACGAAUGGGAUUUACGAGGCCAUCUAUCACGGCGUACCGAUGCUUGGACUUCCACUCCUCUUUGACCAGUUUGACAACAUGGUUCGCCUCCAGGCCAAAGGAGUGGCUCAAGUACUCGAUGUCACAGCGUUGGAUGUAGAUACACUUACACAAGCCCUAAAAGACAUUCUAGAUGAAAAUCAACCAUACCAGAAAAAUAUGCGCAGAAUGUCACGUUUAUAUCAUGACACGCCCUUAAAGCCGAUGGACAGCGCAAUCUUCUGGCUGGAGUUUGUCAUGAGGCAUAAAGGGGCAGCGCACUUGCGUACCGAAUCUUACAAGUUACCCUGGUAUUCCUACCAUAACUUAGAUGUAUUGAUGCUUCUCGCAAGUUUGUUCGUGGCAGUCUGUCUGUUUUUGAUCUUGAUAAGCAGGGCUGUGCUGAAGGUUUUGGUCAAAAAAAUAAAAGCCAAAAAAGAGUGAUAUAUUUGGCAACACUAUACAUUUGCAUCACUUUUAAAUGGAUAGUUCAGCUCCCAUAACCAUUGACUUCCAUAGUAGAAAAACAAUUAUUAUGGAAGUAUUGUGUUAAAUGAUGAAGAUGAUAUUUUGAUAAAUGAUGGUAAGCACACAGUUGAUGGUACCCAUUGAAUUCCAUCGUAUUUGCUUUUCCUACUAUGGAAGUCAGCAAUCAGCUGUGUGCUUACCAUCAUUAUUAAAAUAUCUUCUUUUGUGUUCAUCAGAAAAAAGAAAUUCAUACAGAUUUAGAAGUUGAAUUUGUAAGUUCAGUUUUGGUACCAUGGUUAUAAGUAAGCCAAUAAAACGUCUUAAUCAUUGUGGGAAAACCUUAAAGAACAAUUAUUAAGCCGCAAAUUCAAAUGAUAGUCAACAUUUACUAACAUGACUGAGUUUCCCAUAAACAAAACCAGAUCUCGACAUGCAAGAUCAAAACACAACCUGAAAUCAAACAUUUUAAUACAGAAAUUCCCACACUCCAUGCUUCCAUCUUCAUAUAUUGACCUACACCAUUCACAAAAAACAUAUUUUUAAAUAUAUAUAUAUUAAAAUAUACAAAAAAAUGGCCAAAAUAUAUUUUCGGCUAUUUUUUGUAUAUGUUU